UAUUAGAUGGGUUAAUUGGGACAUUAUACACCUGCCCCUAACAUGCAAUUAAGCCAACUUGGAAACGUGUGUUUAUAAUAAAAAUAAAUUAAUAAAUAAAGAAUACAACAGACUUAUACAGGCGCACAAUCAGCAAAUGGUGAUUUUGAAAAGCGGGCAAAGUGACACUUGGUAAAAACCUUCUUAGAUAACAAUACUGUAGUGUAGGUGUUUUCACGUGAUUCUAUUAAAACAGGCUGCCUAAUUUGUCCAGUGACUGAUGGUAAAUCAUACUCCUUCUAAUAUACAGGGUAAGGGUUAGAUUAUCCCUUAUUUUUCUAGAGUCCUACAGGCAACUCCAGCCAUCCAUUCAUCUUUCAUCCAUUCUUCGGUGUCUCUUUUAGGCUAAUAAGGCUAUUUACUCAUCAGGGUCACUGCAGACAAAGACCUGCUGGGAGACGGGAGGACUGGAGUCUGUAAGCCAGCAUGUAUGGGACCAAAGGCGGGGACACAGACAGGUCGCCUGUCCCUCAUGGCGAACACUAGUCAUUAAUAGAAAAAGUCAUCUCGCUUAGUGCCACCAACCAACAGGACUCAUCAAACUGGUGCGCAUUGCUAUUGGACGUGGGGAGGGUUGGUCUCCAGCACUCCGCCGCUUGUUAUUCAAAGGCAGGGAGCGCUUCGGACCAUUCGCUCCUCGUUGCGCGCUGGAUAUGGAUCAGGACGCAGCGCGUCUCCCCGCUGUCUCCCGCGGACAAGCUGCACUCUGUGGCGCAUAAAAGGCGCACAAAUGAACCACCGCCCUCCCGGUUCCACCGGUGUGCAAUGGCUUAAGAGAAGAGACAUGAGUAUCCGGACGGAGGACAGCAUCACCUUGUGCCAAAGGGCUCUCCAAAUCGUUACGGAACUUUGUCUCACGGGGAACGUAGACCGGGAGAAAUGCUCGGAUAUUUUUCCUCUAGAGAGCACCUUACCAGGUAAAGGACACGCAGACAUCUCCAUUAGUCUCCUUGCUGUGGUUGUGGGUUUCUGUGGCCUCGCCUUGUUGGUAGUCUCUCUCUUUGUCUUUUGGAAGCUGUGCUGGCCCAUUUGGAGGAGCAAGGCUCUGUCAACCCAUGCGGAAAAUGGCCUCCAUGUGGGUUUCCCUGAGGUACCUCAACCCAACUCCCCGCUGGACACAAAGUGUAAAAUGGUAGAGGUGGAAAAGAAGCCCCCGCAGGAAGUAAAGGUGAAUGGACGCAGCUCUGUCAAGCUCCAGGAGGCAGCCAUGAAGAUCAGCCAGACAUCUCCGGACAUUCCUGCCGAGGUGCAAACAGCCCUGAAGGAGAAGCUCAACCAGCAGGCUAAGAUCCAGAGGCAGACCACUGAGCCAACCUCCUCCUCCAGGCACAACUCAUUCCGGCGCCACCUGCCUCGUCAGAUGAAUGUCACUAGCUUUGACUUCACCAUGGACACUGUGCCUCUCCGCCAGUCUUCUACUGUGAGCAUCGGAAGAAUAAAACCUGAACUCUACAAACAGAAGUCUGUGGACUCAGAAGAUGAGGGCAAAGAGCCCACAGAGACUUGUGGAAAGCUGAGCUUUUCACUGCGUUACGACUACGAAGAGCAGGCUUUGGUGGUGAGAAUCCUCAAGGCCUUGGACCUGCCUGCCAAAGACUUCACAGGCACCUCUGAUCCGUAUGUGAAGAUCUACCUGUUGCCAGAGAGGAAGAAGAAGUUCCAGACACGUGUCCAUCGCAAGAAUCUGAACCCCAUGUUUGACGAGACCUUCUGUUUCCCUGUGGCGUACGACGAGCUCUGCAACCGCAAGCUGCACUUCAGUGUCUACGACUUUGACCGCUUCACCAGCCACGAUAUGAUUGGCGAGGUGGUGGUGGACAAUCUCUUUGAACUCUCUGAUCUUUCCAGGGAGGCGGUAGUGUGGAAGGACAUUCACGCAGCAACUACGGAGAGCGUAGACCUGGGAGAGAUCAUGUACUCAUUGUGCUACCUGCCCACAGCAGGGAGAAUGACCCUAACAGUCAUCAAAUGCAGAAACCUCAAAGCCAUGGAUAUCACAGGCUCUUCAGAUCCAUACGUGAAGGUUUACUUGAUAUGUGAGGGGCGGAGGUUAAAGAAGCGAAAAACAACAACCAAGAAAAGCACACUUAACCCGGUGUACAACGAGGCCAUCAUCUUCGACAUUCCUCCAGAGAACGUGGAACAAGUUAGUUUGUCCAUCAUGGUGAUGGAUUAUGAUCGGGUUGGACACAAUGAGGUGAUUGGUGUGUGUCGCACUGGGCCAGACGCUGAGGGCCUUGGACGAGAUCACUGGAAUGAAAUGCUGGCUUACCCGCGGAAGCCCAUCACACACUGGCAUGCUCUGGGGGAGGAAAAUACAGUGGCAAGGAAGAGCAGCAAGCUUUGAGAGUCAAGGUUCAUGUCCUUCACCCAAACCUCCACAGUCACCCUGAUGAUCACAGGUAGAGUGAUAACGCCACCCCUGUAAGAAAACAGACAUUUGUUUAGUUUCUGAGAAGCUGUGUUGGCUGUGAGUGUAUUGUGAGCAUGUUGUAUGAAUUCAACACGUUUGUGAACAAGAUUGUAUUGAAAUUGCUUUUAUUCAUUCAUCUGAACAUGUGUUCAAAUGUUCUACAGAGCUGGAAUAUGCACAGAAUUAACUGUCAUUAACUCCAAGGUUUUGUUUUCAUACAUUUAUUUUGAAAUUCUCAGAAAGACUUUGUUUGCCAAACAUUUAACAGACCAGGUGAAUGGUAGACUUCACUGCAAGAAGUCCUCAGCGAUUUUGACUUGCAGCUGUAUCAACCAUUUCAAUAUUUUAAGCAACAUUUUUCUGGCCCUAGAGCUCCUUAGCGAGUUAGUGUUUUACUUUGAAAUAAGACAAAGUUAAAGGGCUAAGCUGGUCAGUGCUAUGAAAACUUUUGCUUGAUUUAAAAAAGCCAAUAAAACCAGUGAGUCAUGGUCCAGGUUGUGGUUGUAGAAUGCAGGUAACACAGCAUCUACAAGGGCUGCGUAAAUCUUAGAAAAUUCAUCAGUCACAGCUCUUACAGAUGUGCCAAACUGACCUUGAAUCAGCCAUUGUUGCCUGUUGAUAUUAGGAAAGUCAACAGGACACAGAUUUAGAACAACUGUAGCAGAUACAUGUAGCAAACAUACAUUUGUACAAAGAGAUAAACAGUGAAGUCAAACUGUGUUAAAAAUAAGUUCCAUAUUUAUUUUUAUAUUCACCAGAUUGAUUUCAGCACAUAUUUGCAUAUUGAACUAGCAACAAUAGUAAGUAAUUAGUUGGAUUCAUGCUGUUCUUAUUCCUUAUAACUGUACUGAAUAUGAUGAAACUGUUGUUUAUCCUGCAAAUGUUCCUCAUGUUGCAAAUAAAACCAAAACUGAAGUAAUGCUAGGGAACAAUAACAUUUUGUUGAGAUGUUGGCUUUACAUUGUACUUACUGUACCAGUUGGCGGUAAAAAGGUAAAAGAUCUUUAUGUGGAGGAUAUCAACAGACUAAUUAUCAAUUUUGUUGUAAAUAUAUGGAGAGAAUGUUCCAAUAAUUAUAAUAAUACUAUGUAAAUGAUAAUUAAAGCAUUUAGUUUGAAUUGGCCAUUUGCUAAACCCUAACUAGGUACAGCAGGCCUCUCAGGCUUUGGUUGUUUCUUUUUGACUCUUCCAAAACCAAAAAUAUGAGAACAAAAGUGUAAAGAUUGGAUUAAACAGUGUGCAUUUCCCCUUUAGCAUUAGCAUGAUAACUCACUCAAUAUCUAGUGUAGUCUCCUAACACAGCCAGGAGCAUUACAUACUACAUACAGCUAGCUGCUGUGUUAUAUUUCCCCACUGUGUAGAAUGCUACUAUAGGCUAUAUCACAGUUUAGACAUUUUGUGGGCCUUUAAAUGUUUUGGUGGGGAUGUACUUCCACAGAACAGUGUUACAUUUGCCAAACACACUAGCUAGGCCUCCUCCAAAAUGCCAAAACCCAUCUUGCUUGUACGGAUAUGUUGGUCAAGCAGCAAAAUAGUGUAGUAUUAGAACAAAAAUAACAUCUCAUCUUAGGUCUUUCCUUAUCAUAUUUAUAAUACUUGAACUAAGCAGUUGUACACUGAAAUAUAAUAACAAUGUCAUGUCUUCAACAUUGAUCUCAUCUAGCAAGGAUGCAGAUUAUUUACCUGGGACAUGCUUCUCAAGCCGCCGUUUUUUUAGCAUUAUAUCAUGGUCUGGUAAAUGGUCUUAUACUUGUAUAGCGCCUUUCUAUGCUUUACAGCACACUCAAAGCGCUUUCACACUA